UCUAGCGCCGCGCAGAACGUCGACGCCAAGACCUAAAUUCUUUCCCCCUAAUAAUUAUGGCAUAAUAUUCCCACCUUCGAAGUUUUUCACAAACUUUAUAACUCUUGUUAAAGACACCAUUGACAUAUAUACCUUGAAAAGAUACAUAAACCAACGAGAACUUAAGAAAAAGGCCGAAAUGCAAUUCUGAGUGCCCCUCUUGUCUAAGGCAACCCCGAAGAGGCUAGAGGAUCGACGUCGAAGUGCGAGACUGCGAGUCGACAGUGUGUAAUUUGUGACCGUGAGUGAGGGAUGUGAGCCAUCAUGAUUUUCCACAUACUGGUUGUGGUUGGGACGCUUCUGGCCACAGGGAACACCCUCAACACAGUGCUCAAUGUGGAAGAAAUUACGUCCAUCCAUUACGCUGUGGAUAUCAUUGAACAGCCGGUGUCCAGAGAACAGCACCUGGAAGGCGAAGUGAUAAGCGUUGUAAAUAAACAUGGACAAGAAUUUGUGUGCUCUCUACCCAGCGUCACACCCACAGAUGCUGACAGCAAGAGCGAUGAGAAUAUACUUGACCAGCUAGUAGAUAUUUCUGGUCUCUUGAAGCCUAUGGAGACAGCACCAUGCUUGAUCAAGACAGUAGAUUGGUGGACUUAUGAAUUCUGUUAUGGGUCUGUGAUCAAGCAGUACCACCUUGAAGAUAACAAGGCUUCAGGACCAAUUCUUAUACUUGGAAAAUAUGAGUCCGAAUACAACUGGAAAAAUAGCUCAGAGACAAAGAAUCGACUGCAGAGAUUCCAUAGUCAGUUUUACGUAAAUGGCACCAAAUGUGACCUCACUGGAGAACCUCGAAGAACAGAAGUUAGAUUUCACUGCGAAGAUGGUGUUGGUGACUACAUACAACGAGUAGAUGAGCCAGAGUCCUGUCGUUAUGUAGUCACAGUUGCAACUACAAGAGUCUGUCAUCACCCGUACCUGAGACUGCAAGCUGUGCGGACACCCCAUGCAGUAACUUGUGCCCCCGUCAUUUCUGAAGAGCAGUACCUCAGAUAUGUAGAUUAUCAAGAAAGAAAAACAAAGGAAGAGGAGAACUUGAAGGAGAAAUGGUUGAAGCAAAAUGAAGAGCGAACCCAUGAAUCUGAAAUGGGAGAGAGCCAGUCCGUGCUUGAGCCUGUGAAAUCAGACACUGCAGAUGAUGAUGAGUUGAAGAUGAGUAUCAAGAUAUUCCGCCUGUAUCCCGUCAAGAAACAGAAGAAUGCACAGGCUUCUGAAGCCAAGGAGGAUGUUAUGGGGGUAGAGACACAGAUUACACUUGAGGAAAAUGACUUAGAAAUGAAGGUGGAAGACAUCAACUUGUCAACAGAAACAGAGGCUUCAGGCAAUGGACAAAUAAAUGGCGAAUAUGGGACAGACAUAGACAAAAAUACAGACAUCCCCGAAACCACAGGCGAGGCAGAGACUAAAGAUCUUUUUUCUGGACAAGACAAUCUACACAUUGUACAGUAUUCAAAUGUUGAAAAUCCUUACCUCACUGAAGAAAAUCCGACUGAGGAUGUAGAUGAGGAUGAGGAUGAAGUAGAUGAUGAAGAUGACAUUGAUGAUGAUAUUGACAGAAAGGAAAAGGUCUUGACACAGGCAUCCAAGUCCACCAAUCGUGAUCAUUUUUCAAAACUUUUGCGCAGAUUGAAGCAACUAGGAAAUAUGUUCAUGAAUCAGUCUACAUCACCUUUCCAAGACGUUUCUUGCACUCUUGCGAGUUAUGCCGUCACCUGCUUUCAGCUAAAUUCUCAUGACAAAGCAAAUAGUUCACAUCACUUGGCCCUCACAAGCUACAACUAUAAACUCACACAGACCAUGACAUGA